GGAGGAGGAGGAGGAGGAGGAGGAGGAGGAGGAGGAGGAGGAGGAGGAGGAGGAGGAGGAGGAGGAGGAGGAGGAGGAGGGUCUCCAGAAGACUUGUCCAUGUUUCAGCUACCGACCCUCAACUUCUCCCCGGAGCAGGUGGCGAGCGUCUGCGAGACGCUGGAGGAGACCGGGGACAUCGAACGGCUGGGCCGCUUCCUCUGGUCCCUGCCGGUGGCUCCGGGAGCGUGCGAGCAGAUCAACAAGCACGAGUCCAUCCUGCGCGCCCCCGUGGUGGCGUUCCACACGGGGAAUUUCAGAGACCUCUACCACAUCCUGGAGAACCACAAGUUCACCAAGGACUCGCACGGCAAACUGCAAGCCAUGUGGCUGGAAGCACACUAUCAGGAGGCCGAGAAGCUGCGCGGUCGUCCCCUCGGACCGGUCGAUAAGUACCGGGUGCGGAAGAAGUUUCCGCUGCCUCGGACCAUCUGGGACGGCGAGCAGAAGACGCACUGUUUCAAAGAGCGGACACGGAGCCUGCAGGAGUGGUACCUUCAGGACCCCUACCCAAACCCCAGCAAGAAAAGGGAACUGGCUCAAGCCACUGGACUCACUCCCACACAGGUCGGAAACUGGUUUAAAAACCGGAUGCAACGAGACAGAGCCGCGGCAGCCAAAAACAGGCUCCAGCACCAAGCAAUAGGACCGGGCGGUAUGAGGUCCCUCUCGGAGGCCGGACUCACCCCUCGCAGCUCGGCGGAGUCGCCCUCGACCGCGGCCAGCCCCACCACCAGCGUUUCCAGUAUGACAGAGAGAGUUGAUACCGGGACGUCCAUCCUGUCCGUCACAUCCAGUGACUCGGAGUGCGAUGUAUGA